CGGAGUGCUGUAGCCGUUCCAUUCAAAAAGCAAUGGUACUGCACCCUUCGUCAAUCUUCUCCGACCUUCUGGAACUUUUGGUUCAACCAUGUGGUCUGAUAUUUGAUGAUGCGUAUAAAUCUCAGUUGAGCUGUGUGGUGGUGGAUGAUAUUGAACGUUUGCUGGAUUACGUUCCUAUUGGUCCUCGGUUCUCUAAUCUGGUUCUACAAGCACUGCUGGUUCUACUGAAGAAAGCUCCACCUCAUGGGCGUAAGUUGUUGAUUAUCGGUACUACGAGUCGUAAGGAUGUCCUGCAGGAGAUGGAGAUGCUGGAUGCUUUUAGCACCACCAUUCACAUCCCCAACAUCAGUAGUGGAGAUCACUUGGUGGAGGCGCUGGAGUUAUUAGGUAGUUUUACUGAUGCAGAACGAGCCACCAUCGCUCAGCAGGUGAAGGGGAAAAGUGUUUGGAUUGGAAUUAAGAAGCUGCUGAUGCUGAUUGAGAUGUCACUGCAGAUGGAUCAGGAGUAUCGCGUCAGUAAAUUUCUCUCUCUGCUGCGAGACGAGGGGGCAGAACGUGGCUUCUACAAAUAACAACACAUCACUAUCGACCGACAAACAAUCAAAUCGGUCAGCUCACACACACACACACACACACACACACAGAGUGUGGGCAUGUUAAUUAGCGCUGUUAGCCAUGUGUGUUUCAAAUCUUGUGCUUUUUAUGCUGUUCAUGUGAAUAAAAAAUAUAUAACAUAAAUGAGAUUAUAAAGCUGUACGAAUGAAUUUAAAUUCUAUCAUGAAUUCAUCACGGUUCACUCUGUAUAAGCUGUGUGUUUAUAUUAGCGUAUGUAGUGUUUAUGAUGCAGCUGUGUAACGUGUAGCUAACUGUAUUUAGUAUCAGUCUGAUUUGAUCUGAUUCUGUCUGAUUCAUGCUUCAGUGUUCAGUGUGUAAGACCCAGGGUGCAGAUUUUCCAGAGACCAAUGUAAAGUAGAGUCUAGACUUGGCCACUUGUUUCCUCUAGUCUUUCAGGUUCAGAUCUUUUAUUAUGUUUAAUGUUAUUAGGGAUUACAGUGCACAACCACUGAUUACAGUCCCACAAUUAGAAAUAGCCAAUCAGAGAGCAAGAAAAAUUAUAAAAGAAUAGAUUAAUACAAAGAAAUGUGUUGAACUCAUUUAUUUAAGUGUAAGGAACAUUAAAGGGCGUUCUAUUUCUAAACUGUAUCAGGCUGCAGAGCUGCUAUGUCCCAAAUACCUUCCUGUCAUUUAAAGAGUGGCAGAAUAAGUUCUCCCAAGUGGUGAGAUCAUUACAUCAUACACACAGUAAAUAGCAUGUGGUUUGUGACACAGCCCUUUAGCUCACCGUGAGAAGCAGCAUCGCUCCACUCCAUGUGCAACCUAAAACAUUAUAUUAUACUCAAAUAUAUAUUAAUAUUAAAUUAAACUUGAAUGUUAUUACAUUUACCUUGUAAAACUGCUCCGGUACUUUUAGUUCUUGGUUUAAAUUCAUUCUGUGGUCGGUCACACAUUCACAGUGCUGUUUUAUUUAUAAUCUGGAUUCAACAUCUCAAUUUUAUUCUCACUUGUUAAUUAGUAACAUCGUUAUCGGUUUUUUUGCAUUCAUGUGUGAGUGUGUUGGAUUUUGCAUUGUGUAUGGAUAAUAUUUAUUGCUAACUGAAUAAUGUUAAGUGAUUUUGCCUGUGUAUUACUGUGAUUGGUGUUGUGAUGUCAUCAACAUGAAUGAUGUCAUAUAUAUGUCAAAAUGAUGUAAUACUGCAAUAAAACACACAUGAAAACUGAUUUGACUUGAACAUGA